UUAAGUAUUAAACCGGGGGUGGGGGGACGGUGCUAUACGAAAACACCUUUGGACCAUUCUGUGCAAAGAAUGAUGUUCAUUCCUUUAACCCGUCAGGAAAAUAACUUGGAAAGGACAUUAUUUUGUCAGAAGGAAAGGGACAGGAGGAAAUCGGAUGCUGUUCGUUUCACUAUUGCAAGCGGCGAAAAGUUUGAAGUUAUCUGAGUUUAACGACUGAUUCUGAGCAGAGCUGAUGUAAUGUGGUGGGAAUAACGGUAUUGUCUACAGCACUACACACACAAAAGCCAAACAGAGAAAAGUAACGCAGGCUUGAGGUGAGAGGGACUGCGGUUGGAAAGCCCCUCGGAAAAUACCGCACGAAGGGGAGGGGAGAAAGGAGCCGGGGCUCUGUAUAAAUGGCUCCUGCGCCUGAUCGCUAAAGUAUUUACAACAAUCAAAACAGAAACCACCGCUUCGGCAGGGAUUCAUUGUUAAUUCAGAAGGAAAAUUAAGCACCCCUUCGAGAUCGCUUUUUCACACAAAACUGAAAAAACAAGCUUUGGACAAAAUGCUGAAACCAAGUAUCCUGGCGUGCUGCGUUUUAUGUCUAUUUCAGGGCUUUCAGCUUGUGUCAGGCAACAGCUGCAAGACCAGGUCCCUGUACUUGAAGCUGAACAAGUGCUGCUCAAAGUGCCCUCCUGGCACUUACAUGAGCAGUGAAUGUACAGAGACUAAGGACUCAGAAUGCCUUCAUUGUGGCCCUGACCGUUAUCAGUCAGAGUGGAAUACAUUGGAUCAUUGCCAACUGCACAAAACCUGUAACCAGAAUGGAGGAUUUGUGGUUGAGAAGCGAGGCACCAAUACUGCAGACACCAUCUGUCAGUGCCGGGUGGGAAUGUACUGCAUCAACAAGGAUUGUGAGAUUUGUGAAGAAAACAAGGUGUGCGGACCUGGAUAUGGAGUCGUUUACAAAGAAGAUGGGGGAAUUUCAAAACCAAUGUGUGAGAGAUGUGGGCCUGGAUAUUUUUCAAAUGUGUCCUCUAAUAUGGAGCCUUGCAGAAAAUGGAGCGAUUGUGGGUCACUCCAAAUGCUGGAAAAUGGAACUGCAACAAAAGAUGUGAAAUGUGGUACCUCAGAACUUCCAUCGAAAGCGGGAUUAAUCACAGUGAUUGUCCUCCUUAGUGUACUACUCGUUAUUAUCAUCUUGCUUUCCUUUAUAUGCAUUGGAAGUAAUAAGGAACAUCGGACCAAAAUAAGGGACAUCGUCAACAGGCUGUGCCCUGGUAACAUGCCCAAACCAGUCCAGGAACAUGAGAAGACUGAGAAUGGAAGGAUAUUAGCUACAGCAGGAGAUGAGGACAAGAGCCCUGAGGAUGGGACUGAGCUGCUCCCUGUGUAAAAUGCAGCUAUAAGGACUGUUCAACCAAGCACCAGUGUGAGGAGGCAGUGGAUAUUGUGGUGAUGCUGAUGUUUUUGUGUUUUUGUGGGGUUUCUUCGAAUUCAACAUCACUUUGUCAUAGUCAAAGACCAGAAUGGGCAUCCAGCAAUGGACCUACUAAUCCCAGCGUCAAAGAUUUCUGCACAGCCUUCGAACAAUUGACACAGGCAAGGUGCCUCAAUAACCUCUUCACUGCAGUAUCCCAUGAUAACAUAUUUUACAAUCUGCUAACUCAGUGACAGAACAUGGACGAAGCUGCUUCAUCUACAGUACCUUUCUGAUUUGACAUAAAGACAAAAUGUUUUCUGAUCCCGAGCUCUUGCAAUCAGAUUGCUGCUUCCUCCUCAGUGCAGCAAAGUCACAUUCUGUACCAUUCCUCCUGUUAAUCUCCAGUUGUGGGUCCCUGUCCUCAACUGCCUUAAAGCAGAUCAUUUUUCCCACACAUCAGUGCCUGUAAAAGCUGAAUUUCCACUUGCAAAUUUGGUUGAAAGUAUGGACAGUUUCUGACCCUUAGUUUUCUCUGCACUGGAGGCUCUAUAACUAAGGCCAUUGUCCCUUGUGUAUAACUCCAAAGGUGCCUUUGCAUCUCUCCCUGAUGGUUCUUAUGGAACAAUGUAUAUUUUGAUAAGUGUACAGGUGUGAUUUAAGCAUGAUGACUUUGUAAAAAUGAAUAAAAUGAAUAACUGACUGUCAUUUAAUGAAGUCAAGUUAUCUCCUUGAAUGCAA